AAAGGAAAAGAGAGAGAGAGAGACAGGAACAGCAACAGCAGCAACAACAGCAGAAGCGCCCACCUCCUUCCUUUUUUUUCCUCCUCCGCCAACCGCCAUCAACAACCACCGCUCCCAUUUCCCCUCCCCUCCCCGCUUCUCCAAUCCCCCGAUAAUGGCGGAUUGCGAGAGAAUGGAGGCGCUGAAGAAGGCGUAUGCGGAGAUCAUACUGAACACGGCGCAGGAAUCCGCGGCUCGGAUUCUCGCGGCGGAGCGCAAAGCGCUCGGCUUCGAACGAAGCCUCUGCGCGGCCAAAGAGGAGGCGGUCGCAACGAUGCUCCGCGUCAAGGCCACCAUGGACUCGAAGAUUAGAGAAGCAGAAAUGCAAUCAUUAUGUAAUGUUAGAAGGAUUCAGGAACUCGAAGCUCGGCUAAAUAAAUCAGAGGAUACUAUUAGCUCUCUUAAACUGGAGUUGAAAAGAGCAACCACCGAGUUGGAACUGACAAGGAAAGCUAGCAUGUCAUUUAAAGAAGAUGUCAACGGUCAUGCCACAUCUGAUAGUGGCAACUGCGAGGAGAACAUCCUUAGCUCUGGUUCCAAGCCAGGCUCCCCUAUGCAACUUGGCUCAUCAGCUCUUGAAACUACAAGCUCUAUGAAAGAUAUUCCUUCAGAAAAUGGUGCUAAAACUACUGAUCUAGCAUCCAUCAUUAUGAGGAGCAAAGAACAUGACCUUUAUAAGAAUGGGUAUACACAACGAAUUCGAGCACUUGAACAGAAACCGUUUACUGCCAAAGUGCCUCUGGGGCAAAGUGAUAACCAGUUCACCGGAAUAAAGGAUGAAAUAUCCUUUGGAAAGAAUGAGUCUGCCAAAAAUACAAGUACUGCAGAUUCCACAGCUGAACAGGUAAUUCAAGAAGCUGAAAAUCCAACUAACUCUAAAAUGUCAGAAACCAAUGUAAAGUUCUUUCGUCGGGUUUCUCCGAGAAAGGUACGAACAAGAUGGGAUCACAUGAAAAAUUCCAAGUCUGGUACUUGUCCUGAUGAGCAAAAAGGGGACCAGAAUUCAUCGGGUAUCAAAACCUCUAAGAUAACCAUUGGAAACAAUAAUGGUGGAACUGGUGAAACAGUGUUGAGGGCUAUAAAUAAAAAGAUCUCCGAUAACAGCGUAAGUUCAAAAAAUUCAGAUGAUCGUCCAACUUUGCCUUUGAGCAAAGGAAGUCCCGGGCUAUUGCGCUGCAAUAGAGGGAGAGUGAAGAGGUUAAGUGUUGCAAACCAAAUCCAUACAGAAUUGGAGAACAAAGCUUUCAGUGAUGUCAAAUCUGUUAAGGACAGCAUCGGAAAUGAAGGUGGGUUGCCAUCAAGGGUAAACUCCAAACUGAAAGCACCAGACAAGAGCACAGCUGAGAAGGCAGAAUCUUUAGUCUGUGAAGUGAAUACCGAUCAGGUUGAUGCUGCUGUGGCAAAUUCUGAAUUGAAAGAGGAAAAUACUAUUGCACCCAAUGGAACUUCUACUCAAGCCGAAAGCGUACAGUUUUUAAAAUAUACUUUCCGGAGGAAGCGGAGAAGGGAAUCUUCAGACAACAAUAAUGAAAGCAUUGCCGUGGAUUCUAAAAAGAGCAAUUUAAAGAAGUCAGCUGAAAAACAAAAUGUACAAGUUAAGCCUCAGAAAUCUAGCUUACUAACCGAGUCACCUCGAAGCAAUAGGCGACUGGUGCAGGUUGCCCGUCAACUUAUUUCCUUGUCUGCAAAGAAAUGGUGAGUAUCUACAUAUCCAGAAGAACAUGUAGAAGUAUCGACAAAUGCAAGUCCAAGCACUUAACGGAAGGAAAUCCAUUGCCUGACUACUGCUUAAGUUAUGACUGCGAGUGCUCCUUUGGGCGAAAGUUUGGCCUGGUGAAGAGUUCGCAAAUCAGGAAUGCAUGCAUGUACCUCAACUGUAGGAUCUAAUAAUACUUCAGCAGAAGGUAUAAACUCGGUAUUAGUUUAGCAAAGGUUACCUUUGAGUUAUCAUUCCUGCAUUUGCUUAGUUUUCCCGAGUCGCUUUAUGUUCGUGAUAAUUUUCUUUAUAAUAUUUGUUCAGGCAGGUUGUAGACUACUAGACUCUAGCCAUCUAGCACCGUACAUUCAAUAACAUUGGACUUCUCUUUUUCCCCAUUUUUAGCGAUACAUCUUAUAUCUUAAGAGUUAUCAACAACUGUUGUAACGUAAAUCUAUGUUGAAAUUCGAGAAGAGAAAGUUUCAGUAGUUAUUUAUGUUUAA